AUGUCGUCACCGGACAUUGAAGGAAUUCUGGAAUACACGAAAGAGCUUGAUCGGUUAAGGGAAGAACAAGAAGUAGUUCUUGUGGAGAUCAAUAAGAUGCAUAAGAAACUUCAAACAACUCCUGAGAUAGUUGAGAAGCCUGGUGAUACUUCAUUGUCAAAGCUCAAAAUUCUGUACAUUCAAGCAAAAGAGCUUUCGGAGAGUGAAGUAACAGUGUCGAACUUUUUGCUUACUCAGUUGGAUUCUUUGCUUCCACAUUGUGUCGGACAACAACAAAGAAGAAUAGUGGGAGAAGGCAAUGACCAGAAGAAGAAGAGGAUGAAAUAUGAUUCUGAUGUAAUGAGACUCUCUCCUUCCAUGAGAAAUCUAAUCGAAGCAUUUUCAAGUCUAAAGGGUGAACAGGUCGCUGCGAGAGUUACACCAGAUGAUGCUGAGAAGGAUAUAUGGUUUGUGUGUAAAGUCAUUCACUUUGAUAGAGAAAGAAAAGAAAUUGAAGUACUUGAUGAAGAACCAGGAGAUGAUGAAGAAGGAAGCGGUCAGAGGAUAUAUAUGUUACCGAUGUCAUGCAUCAUACCGUUCCCUAAAGGAAACGAUCCGUGGAGCACGCAAGAGUUUCCACCUGGUAAACACGUCUUAGCUGUAUAUCCAGGGACAACAGCACUCUACAAAGCCACUGUUAUAAGUACCCCACGAAAGAGGAAGUCUGACGACUACUUGCUUGAAUUUGAUGAUGAGGAAGAUAAAGCAUUGCCUCAAAGAACAGUGCCUUUUCACAAAGUUGUUCCUUUACCAGAAGGUCAUCGCCAGUGA